AUGGACAACAACGACAUACUCGAGCGGGAGAGGCAGCAAAUGGAGCAGAUUCGAGAGCUUGAAUUCGAGGAACUACAGGUCGUAGAAGUCGACGAACACGGCGAUUCUUCCGAUGACGGCAUCGAUCCCGGUUACAAUGUCAACAUUUCAUCUGAAGAAUUUACUUUCAACCCUGGUUUGGCUUCAUUGCACACGUAUUUGGGUGAGGUGGAGGACACGCGUCACAGGUUGUCGUUCUUGGAUGGGGGUGUGACGUUAACUCUGCCGUUGUUCUAUCUCGAAGGGGUUGUUCUUUUCCCUGAGGCUACGCUUCCUCUAAGAGUUGUUCAAUCCAAUUUCAUAUCUGCCAUUGAGAGAGCCAUGACUCAAGAUGAUGCUCCAUUUACUAUAGGUGUGGUUCAUGCUCACAGGAGCUCUGAUAACAGAAGAUUAAAGGUCUCUAACAUUGGGACAACUGCAGAGAUCCGACAAUAUAGGCGGCUAGAAGAUGGGUCACUCAAUCUUCUUACUCGUGGGCAGCAGCGGUUUUGUUUAAAACGACUCUGGAUGGAUGUGGAAGGAGUGCCAUGUGCAGAAAUUCAGAUCAUAGAGGAAGAUUCACCAUUAAGAGUUCCCAGGGAGGCACUAGGAAAGUUGUCAGCAUUAAGCAAUCUGCAUAGACGUCGUGCACAUUUGCUGCCUGCAAAGCCAUCAUUGCUUGCGAGAGGCAACGAUUCAGAAUCAAGUUCAGACGAAAGUUUUGAGGGUGAUCUUUCACUACAGGAAAAGAAAAUGCAUCAGACUGCUGUAGAGUCUUACUUUGAGUAUGAUAUGAUGGAAGAAUCAACCAGCAGUGAUGAUGAUGAGGUGCUCUUUGACUCAGAAAUCAGAUAUAGAAGAGCUCGGUUAACUGACUCAGAAUUGUCGGUACUCUCAGAUGAGGGGAAAAGAAUUAAAAAAUCUGCCAUGAAACAUCAAUCUGCUGCUGCUUCUGCUUCAAACAAGUUGCCUGACAAAGAAGAAGCUCAGAAAGUGAAUAUCAAACCUGAUUUAAGUCAAUUUUGCAAAUCCUCCACAGCAUUUUUGCCCUGUUGGGUGUACCAAAUGUACGACUCCUAUGAGCUUGCUCAAAGGGCUGCAGAUAAGUGGAAACACAUAGUUGGGACAUCAUGCAUGGAUGAUAUGGUGAAGAAGCCCGAUCUUUUAUCAUUUUAUAUUGCCAGUAAAAUCCCUGUGUCUGAAUCUACAAGGCAGGAGCUGUUAGAGAUUGAUGGCAUUUCCUAUCGACUGCGUCGUGAAAUCGAGUUACUCGAACGAUUUGAUCUCGUACGAUGUAGAAGUUGUAAGACUGUAAUUGCUAGGCGGAGUGACAUGCUGGUGAUGUCAACCGAUGGUCCUCUUGGUGCCUAUGUGAAUCCACACGGUUUUGUGCAUGAGAUAAUGACUCUCUAUAAAGCAAAUGGCUUGGCCCUCAUCGGACUUGCGGUUACAGAAUAUAGCUGGUUUCCCGGGUACGCAUGGACCGUUGCAGAUUGUUCCACGUGCGAAACCCAGAUGGGGUGGCUGUUCACAGCAACGAAGAGGAAACUGAAGCCUAGGUCGUUCUGGGGUAUAAGAAUUGCCCAGGUUGCCGACGAGGCGCGUUGGCGUAACGGAGAGUAG